AUGGAUUUACUGAAGAUUUUGGAUACAAAACCUAUUCCCACGAUAGUAGACUCACAAUCGCUAGGUGUUAGUGGUGAUGUUUCUGGUGAUUACUGGUUACCUACGACAAUGUGUCUGUACCAGAAGAAGUUGACUGAUGAGAUUAUUUCAUUACAUUAUUCAGAUAUCCUGAAAUAUUUCGAGACAGAUGAUUACAAAGAAGAUGUAAUUUUGGGCUCCAUGAGAACGAUGUGCCUGAACAGUGAGUAUGUUGCGACACAUCCGUAUUUGUUAAUCGAGCAUCAUAUGCCCAAAACUUUGACUACUCGAGAUAUACCGAUAAAUCUGGCAGAUACAAGUGGUAAAUUUACUGUUUUAAGGGAUUUGAUGACUUUAGUCCAGGAAUAUGAGACUAAUACUGCUUUGGUGUGUAGGCCUGGGCGCACCAUGGAUUUAUUGGAAGCAUUGCUUCUAGGUAACAAAGUUAAUAUAAAGAGAUAUGAUGGGCGAACGGUUAAGUCACAGGCAAAACAGAAAAAGACCAAAGCUAAGCAGUCAUGCACGGUGCAUUUAUUCCCUUCACAAGAUUUAGAUUUGCAGAAAUUUCCCAUAAAUGAAAAGCAUCAUUUCGAUAUGUUGAUUGCCGUUGAUCCUACAGUGGAUACAAAUGUUGAUUUUAUCCAAGAAAUACUGACAUUUUCAAGAGAUCAGAGCCGCAAUGAAAAUAAAGCACCAAUUGUCAGAUUAGUAACUAUCAAUUCCAUUGAUCAUUGUGAUCUAUAUUUUAGCAAAAAGUUCAAUAAAGGUAGUAAAGAUUUCUUGGAAAGUACUACGGCAGCUGUUGUAGUCCUAAGAGACAGUGUCGGUACAUUACCGCCAGAUCUAAGACCAAUUUAUUCACAGCAAUUGCAUUACUUGACAGAAUGGUUAGAAGAUCCAAGUCUACCUUGGCCGCUGCCGGAUAUCUAUCCCUUGAAAAGAUAUAAUUCUAUGGAUGUUGAAAGAUCUCUAUUGAAUGAAGUUAACUUUAAUGAAGCUGAUGACUUAGAGACGGCUUUUGCCAACAAUUCCAAAAAACGUCAUAGACAUCCGGAUGAAACGACCGAUGUUAAUAAAAAAGAUGGGCCUACAAAAUCUUUUUACGAAUUGAAGAGAUUGAAAAAUGAUUAUUUGGCUAAUCCAAUCAAUCAAGGAAUGGCAAAUUUGGCGGGCAUAGUGACGGGUAACGUCAAAGAUUCUAUAAAUUACCACCUAUCGAGCAAUAUACUGACACAUAAGCUAAUUCAAAUUAUGGGUCAAGUUUAUGUUGAUAUAAACAGAGAAACUCAAGAACUAGAUGAUUAUUCCACCUUAAAUGGUCUUGAGAAUGACCACGUUUCUUUCUACCAACAGGAGAAAGAAACCAUGAGCAAAAAAUUGCAGACUCGUAUGGAUGAAAUAAAUGAAAGUAAUGAAAAGUCCAUUUCUAUGGAGUUUACGAACAAAGAAAAGUUUGAACUUAUAGAAAAAAUUGAAAUUGAGAUUGAAGGGCUAUUAAAGAAGGUCGAAGCAAAAGAUACUGGGCUGAAAAACUUAUUCAUUUCUGUAGGGGAUCUGAAGGAUGAAAUUGAUAAAGAAACCAGACAAAAUGAAUCCAAACUAACUGAAAAGGAAUACAUGGAAAAAGAAAUUGAAAGAGCACAAACUGCUACUAAUGAACUUGAAGUCGAAAUGGAAAAAGUUCUCAAAGACUUUGAAAAUGUACAAAAUGAACUAAGAGAGAUAAAGUUAAACCAAGAGUUGAAAAAAGAUGGAGCUAUAGAGCGAAUUGAGAAUUUAAAACGGGCCAUAGUUGAAGAGAAAUUAGUAUAUGAUGAUUUGGAAUCAAAACUCAACUCAUUAGUGGGGAAAUUGAAGAACUUUCCACCACCAAGGAUACGGGUCACCACAAAUACGACUCGUAGGAGGAAAUAG